UCUCAGAAGCAGGCGAAUAUGCCGAUGGGCUCGCCCCGCAGCUGUUGCCGCUGCUGUGACACAGGCUGUCAUGGCGCGGGCAGGCGCAAGUUCAAUCUGAUAGCGCGAGAACUCGCGUGGCUCUCUUUUUCCCCAGAUUCUAUAAUCGGAGCCGGAUGGUAAGUUGUUGAAAGCCGGCCUUGCACCCCUUCCUGUUGCCACAGCCAGCGACAUCGAGAAACAGACUGGCCAAGACGAGAAGAGAUGGCGACGGGUGAGCGCAUCACAGUGACGUACGCGAAAACGCCCUCGGGGCCCCUGAAGCUGGACCUGUACGCCUACGUGCCCAAGCUGGACCUGGCCGAUCCUUCGCCGACGUUUUCCGAUGACCUCCGCCUGCCCUUUUUCCUCUAUCUACACGCUGGCCACUUCUUUACCGGGUCCAGGAGGGACUUGCCGCCCUGGCUGGCUAGCCUGGCGAGAAGCAUGGGCAUGCCCCUUGUCUGCGCAGACUAUCGAUUGGCCCCGCACGUUGGUCCAUCGGACGCAUACAGGGACCUGGAGGCCUGCUGGAGUUUCAUCGUAGACGAGCUCAACUGGGUCGUAGCAGCUGCGGGCAACGGGGCUGAGGUGCAGUCGGGCACGAAGAUGCUCGAAGACGACUUUGAGGAGCUUCAAAGACGAGGUGGCUUGGACCCCCAGCGUUGCGUGCUGGUGGGUCUGGGCGCAGGUGGCUACCUGGCUGCAAGAGGGUGAGCUCGGCCUUUCCGCCUGGAAGAGGGCACUGGCAUCUUACCCUUCCUAUCUCU